CUGAAGAAAUCAAAAUAAACAUUUAGGGAAACUAAGAAAUAUGUGCGCUCCAUCGAGUGGAUCUUGGGUUGAGGCCAUCUUCGAUGAAGUUGCUUUGGAGGGCCUAGAAGGCGUCACAUUGCCUUCUCUGUGGUCUUUGCUGGCCAUAAGACUGCAGCUAAGUUCUGACCCAUUCCCACCAUCUCUGCAAGAAGAAAUAUGGACUCUACUGCUAAAAUAUUCCCAGGCAAAAGUGGAGUUCUUUGAGUUACCAUCACCGCGUCCAUUCAUUCCGCCAUAUGAUCGCAAAAAUGAUGUGGAUCCGGAAGAGGGAGUGCCUUUGGUGCCAGAGAAAUGUCCAUUUAUGCUUUAUCCAGAAGCCAUGGUGGAGGAUAAUGAGAUAAUGGGCAACUGUGUAGAUUAUAAGACACGCAAGCCAAUUGCCGUGGACGAGUUGAAACAGCAAACGGCCAGUGAGGCCACCGAGAAGUGGGACCAACGUUUGGUGAUUGUGGCUAGUCAAGAGCUACGUUUAAUUGCUCUCACUCCAUCGAAUUUGAUGCAACCCGAUGAUUAUUCCCUGCAACAAUAUGUCUUCUGGGAAGCUAUAGGACGUUCUCGCUAUAAUGGCAUGACCACAGUGGGACCUUGGUCAUUAUCCUGCUACUGUCGAGAUGCGGGCUUUGUCUUUUACAUUAAGAACAAGCUAUUGGAGAUGCAGCUGAUUGAUGCUCAACCUUAUAAUGAACGUCACAAAGGACGCUUUCUCAACUCUGUGCUAUUGCAUUUGCCGCGUUUUUUCCGCAUCUACAAGAAUCGGGUUCAGGAAUCCAUUGAGCAACUUUAUUUGACAAUUAAAGAAAGUCCUGCACAGCAUAUACCGAUUGUCGAGAUUGCUGAUCAUCUGCGUCACUUGAAUAGUUCUCAGGUGAAGAAAUUGCUGGUGACCCAUCUCUUUCGCUCAUAUUUUGAGACCAUACAUGUGCUUUUACCAAGCAGAAAGCCAAAUACAAAGAGUGCUAAGCGAAAGGCUGCUGUACUCCAACUACGUAAUCCCAACUUGAAAUUUGAGGAUCUGUAUCAGGUGAAUCAGGCGAGUGAAGACACAGAACCGGCUGAAUUACCCAUACCGAAUGAUGAAUCAAUUACCACAGAGAUUGAUGUGUCCAUUAUGAUGAACUCGUUGCUUGAGCCAAGUGAGGCAAAUGAAUCGUCGUGUGAGGAAAGAAAACCAAUUGUUGAGAAUGCAGCCAAAGAGCCUUCAAAUGAAAACGAGUUUAAUGAAGAACUUGAUGAAAUGCCUAUGCCUGACUUCUUGGACCAGAGGCAUAGUUACAUUGACAUGCCGGCUGAGCAGGAGUGUUAUGAGGCCAUUAUGCGUUUUGGCAAACGCGGCAUUAGUGCGGCUGAACUCGCACAAUAUGUAAGCAUUAAUAUGCAGACAGUGCGGGGCUUUGUUAAACAUUUACUAAAGGAGGGUCAAAUCAAAGACUAUACCGAACAAAUGGGCAAACAGCGUGCCAUACGUUAUGUGGCUAGUGUUCAAGGUGCCCAUGUGGAUCUUAAGAAAGUCGAAAUGGAAAAGACAAUACAGGAAUUGCGUUGCAAAGACGAAUUUAGCACACCACGAAAUUCGGAUAUUGUCUUAAAGGAUCAUCCAGAGAUUACAUCGACUGUGCGUCCCAUAACCAUUGAUAUAAAACGAUAUAAAAUGGAAAAGCAAAUGGAACGUCAAGUCUAUCGCAAGACACUUAUUGUACGAUUGAUCGAUGAUAAUUGCAUAAUGCAAAUGUUUAGUAUGAUGCGUAAUAUACAAAAAGAAGAGCAAAAUGCAGGUUAUACCGACUCGAUAUGUCGUCGAUCCGUUCUGAGAUUGCUCCAGCCCAUGUCUGAAUCGAAGGUGGUGAAUGUCUAUGAGAUUAGCCUUCAAUAUGGUCAACGUGUGCGUCUCUAUCGCUUGGUAACGCAUCCAAAAAUUACAGCCGAUCAUGAGCUAUUGCAUCGUGAGAUAUUGCGUCUUAAGAAUAAUUUCCAUUUGAUGUCUGAAGAGCGACAGCAGCGGGCACCAGAAUUAAAUCCAAAGGACAAUAAAAAGGAGCCACAACGCAAGAAACUCACUAAAGGAACUACACAAAUAGAGUCAACUGUUAGCAAGGUUCCAGCACCAAAAUUGCUACUGGCCAAGGCAUUUCAUGAAUUCCUUUACUAUUUGAUAGUCGAACUGGAUAGAGAACGUAAACCAUUGAAAAUGUCCAAAGAGUUGGUCAGUCAAUGGCAGAAAACUGAGCCCGCCCUGCAGCCACGUCAAUUUCUUGAGGAAUGGCAGGCAAAAGAGACAUAUGCCAUGCCCUAUAAUGAUGAGAUAAGCUGGAGGACAUUCAUACCGCCAUUGCCACGAUAUGAGGAAAAGCCGAAGGGUUGGAUUUACUUUACUGAUGCCAUGGAACGGAUGCCUCUAUCGCUAUUUCUUCGCAUUUGUCGCAUUGAACGCGAUGCAAUGGAUAAAUUGCGUAACCAAUUAAAGCAUCCAGUGCGACAACAUUAUUUAAUCUCUCAACUGGACUCAACGUAUUUAAUGCCACGUUUGCGCAUUCAGCAACUGUAUUUGACCACUUUAAGGCUUCUUAAUCAAAUGGGUCUAUUGCAAAUCGGUGAAAGAGAAAUGGGCUGCGAUCUGCUACAACGUUGGGUCUAUCUUAAUAGGCGUUCCCGCCUCUUGGACACCACGACGAGCAGUGAACAUAAUUUCAAGCGAGUUAGUGCCGAUCACAUGUAUACGGAGUUGAAAUUUGAAUUCGAGAAUCGUGAUCUUGUUGCCAAAUAUUGGGCUAAAUUGCAACAUAUAUGUAUCUAUACAAAACUAGGAUUCCGCAAGCAUAUGAAUCUUAUGCCAAAGACGGCCAGAAAUCGUUCAUCAUUGAAUUUCCUUGAUCCUGUCGGAUUUGAGAAAGCCCUCGAACUGGACACUGGCUUUGUGCCAGGCGAUCAAUUGGGUGCAGGUGGCAUAGAUUCAAGUAUCUAUGCCCAUCAAUUUCGUCAUUGGUCUUGGGUACAAAAUAAGGGUUUCAAAGCGGAAACGAAUUCACCAACAACUGUCGCCACUGGGGCAUCAAAAUCAUCGAAUCCGGGCAGAAAACGUAUACCAACAAUAGCACGUCUGAAGCCUACCCAUAAAUUGCAAAUGCGUAAGAGUCGUCCAGCCCAGUCUGGAAGUAGUGCCCAAUCUCCUGCGAAACGUAAAAGUGGUCCACGCGAUGAUGUGGAUCGCGAUGCCUUGCGAAAUAUGCGUACAUUGCGUGUUGCCUGGUCCCCUCAAGAGGAUCGUCUACUGAAAAUGGGACGAGCUGUCUAUCUCUUCAUCGAUGCUCCCAUGCCAGCUUUGGCUCUCUGCAAUGUGGGCAUUGUGUGUCGCGAUAUAAUACGCCGACAUUUGGGAAUUUGCAAUAAAACCACACAGGCCUGUGUAAGGCGUCUUCAGUUUCUGAUGCGCAUGAAACGGGAUUUACCCGAAGUGCCCAAUUGGAUAUAUGGCAUGCAGACAAGUCCACAGUUUCGUCCCAUCUACAAUGAGCGUUUCUUGGCUAAUCUCAAGCGAGAUUAUUCAUCAAAAACUGAACGCAAUGAGGCUUUGGUAAUACAUUUUGUUCUAAUACUAACUAAACUACAUGGAAUGAUUAACAAUGCGCAUGGCAUGAUGUGUCGUCAAUUUCUGUUGCCGGAUGAUCUUAACGACUAUAAGCUUCAAUUCCGGGAAUGUUCACCCUUAAAUGCCGAUCAACAAUUGCUCUAUCGCAAUCCCAGUACAGAAUCCGAAUUGCAGGUGAUGAUUGCAGUUCAAGUCCUGCAUAGCACCCUGUGCAGUGCCAAGGAUAAAACGUUGUUCAAUUUGCAAACAUUUGAGAUCUAUAAACAUUUCUCCGAAGAAGUAUUGAAUGCGGCUUUUAACAAAGCACGAGCAGAUUCACUUUUGGUGGCUGUGAAAAGGCGGAAUAUUCAGACCGUAAAUCGUUCGCUCUCUGGGCCAGCUCAUCUGUUGAGCUCGAAGUACAAAUACCGAUUGAUCUAUCUUAAAUUGGGCUAUGCCGUCUAUGAUACCUAUUAUCAAUUGAGCCAAAAAAUGCAAGAAGAACGCAGCGAAGUGCAAUUGCCCUCACCAAAUUUUGGACAAUUUUUGCUAAUGGGUGAAUGGUUGGCAUUGGGUUCCGUGAGAAUAAAUCUGCAAUUGCCGGCAAAUAUUCUAACCGUGGACACGACCAGCAUGUCCAGGAAUACUGGCUCCUCUACCGAUCGUAUUUUGGAUCAUUAUAGUUGCAUUUUCGAUAAUGCCCCACAGACAGAGUACGCAAAGCGUCUGGAGAGUGAAUGCAGUGGACGUCAGGCAUCGCGGGUUCGCUUCCAUCCAGCGAAUCUUAGCUAUCGUCUGCCCUACAGUCCGUAUAAUCAUCUCUCCAAGCUGCCGCUACGUGCCAUGCAUUUCUUUUGCGCCUUGGAUGCUUUGGGCGAAUCUGUUAGCAUUAAUAGCUCACGGCUGGAGCAAUCGGAUUUUUGUCCCUUUGCCCAUUGCAUAAUGCGUAGUGGAAAUUAUCUUAACGCCGUUGAACGUAUUGUCCAUGAGCGGCGUCCUUUGCUCCGGGAAUUGAUGGCCAAUUCUUCACAAUGGUUGGAAUCAAGUACAGAGAAUUUUACUUCCUCACCGGUGGUUGUUGGUCAAACAAAUCUCUGGGGUUUAGUCCAUCAUUUGGAAACAUUUUGGCGCCAACAUCAACAAACACUUGAGUGCAAAGAUCUGGGUAAAGUUUUGGCCGACAAAACUUUGCAUAAGCUAACCGAUUGGCGCUCGAUUUGUUUGGCUCUGUUGGACUAUGAGCCAUCUGUCUGGGAGACCGAACGUACUCAGGAAUAUGAACCGGCCUUGAAUAAGGAAGAACGUGCUCGGGCUCAGGAUGUAUUUGUCGUACACCUACCAAUGAUACGCAUAGAGUCAAUGGAGACAAAACAAAAACUAGAAGAGGCCAAAGAAAUGAUAAACACGAUGCGAAAAGCUAUAAUUGAUAAAGUAACCAGAUUCACCUACUGGACCUAUACGGAGAAUACCUUUGAGACGCUACGACCGAACCUCUUGACCAAGAAUUAUGAUGCCACAUCGAUUGAGCAUAUGGAGAGCAUUCUCAAUUAUAUUGAGAAACAUCCAUUGGGUGUUCUAUGUACAGAGUUGCGUGACACUUUCAAGUUGGGAGCAACAUUACUUCAGUUCCUAGGGGAACUCAUUGAACAUGCCCUGAUCAAGCGUGUGGGCGUUGAAAAUCAUAUGUAUGUGCAUAAAGAACACAUACGCAAUUGGGUGGUGCAUACGUUUCAUAUUAAACGCUUAGAACGGGAGAAAUUACAAAAUGAAGUGGCAGCUGCCCCGGCAACACCUCAAGCCGUGGUGGGUCAGAAACGAAAGAUGGAAGCCGAGCACGAAGACGAUGAUGCAGAACCCUGUACGAGCAAGAAAAUUAAACUAAAGGAUGAAAAUAGCACAGAAAAUGAAAGUGAUGAAGUCACCAUGGCUGAUGAUGAUGAUGAUGCUGUAGUUCCUAAGCGUUUUCGUCGACGUAGUAAACCACGGGAAAUUUCACCACCAUCGGAGGUUUCACGGGAUGUGAUUGUUAUGAGGCCACAGCCUUGGAUACGAGUGAAUGCCUCGCUUAAUCGUCGUGUCCUCGAUCGUUGGUUGGGCGCUGUACUCAGUGAGUGUAUUGCUCGCUUUGGCUGCACCGUCUACAGUUUAUUCCUGCGUUUCCCUCACUUGGUGCCUGUUGAUAUUAUGCUUCUACUUGAACUGCUUGGCGAUAUGGGAUGCCUUGAUUUAAUGGAGCUAAUACCAUCGAAGCAUAUUCACGUGGAAACACUUGCAACUGACUGGGAGUUGGAGGAUGACCAAACCGAACAGCGGGUCACAGAAAUCUAUGAUCCAAAGGAUACAUAUGUCAGGGUACGCGCCGAUGCCAUACGACACUUGACCAACUUCAUAGGCAUCAAAAAAUAUAAUGCAGAAUUUAUUUAAAACUAUUUGAACCUUUAAAAAAGUUGACUUUUUAAUGUAUUUUUCUAAUAUAUUAUUAAAAUGUGUUUUGUAAUA